CCGCAAAAAUCAUAACAAAUCCUCAAGGCGUAUGUUUGUUGUUAUUAAUAUAUAAAGCAAGAAUAUGAACCAUGCCGAGAAGAGAAACAAAAUACCAGCUGCACCAACGCUUGCGGCUACGGGCAAUCUGUUAUCAAGUGUUGCACCUCCAUCCGAAUUACCAAAUUUUAUUACAACCAGUGUCAGCCCCGUAGCUCCAGUGGCACCCGUUGUUCAAAAUGAAGUUCCUGUACCACAGACCAAUCCAAAGCAACCAGAGAAUCAAAUUGUACAACCUGUACCUAUGGAUGUGUCACCCCAAACACCAGAGAAGUUUAGUCCAGCCAUACCACUGUCCAAAGGAGAGCCAACUGCUUCAAUACGGACACCAGUAGAGUCUGAUAGCACAUUGUCACCAGGCUCAAUGCCAGAAACUGGAGUCAGUACUGAUAAAAUUGGUGACAUAAUGCCAGGCAGUGGUCUAAUAACUUGGAUGAAAGGUGCCAUGUCAAGCGGAGGGAUUCUCCAAAAAGUAGCUGAGAAAGCAAAAAAUUCAGUUGAUUCCAUGAUAACAACACUUGAUCCUCAGAUGAAGGAAUAUUUAAGAAGUGGUGGUGAUUUAUACAUAGUUGUUGCUUCCGAUAAGGAGGUUAAAGUAUCCCCAGUGCGAGAAGCUUUUCAAACCGUGUUUGGAAAAGCUACUAUUGUUGGUGAAUCUGCGCAAAGUGACGUCACGGCUGCCCAACCGGUCGGCUACGCGGCGGCGUACGCUGCGGCUAAACAGCGCAUCGCACAUUUGAGAUCUGUCAACUCACAACUGCAUAAUAACGUGCCUAUUGUGGCGAUUGAAAGCUUUAUACAAGAGGCCAUGCCCGAUAGAUGGUACGACAUAGCGCUACUAGUUUUGUCCCAGCCGUCUCUCGGUAUCGAGUUGCAAGUGCAGUCGCAAGGCACACCCGUCCCCAGCGCCGCCGUGCUCGCGGCGCGAGAGGCCACGCCCACCGACUAUGCGCACGCGCAGACUGGGUACAACACUACUAUAGGUUCGAUAAUGGCGGCUAAUUUGCAGGUACCGCACGCGCAAUGGCAGGAAGCUUCAACGGGCGUAUCCAGGCGAGACAUCCUUCUGUUGGCAUCUCGCUCGGUCGCCGGCUCCUACCAAAAGAUGUUGGCCGUUUCUGCCGCUGAGACCUGAGAUAGACUUUAUGCGUUCUGCACAAAAUAUAUAUUGUUAAGACGAAUCAUCUAUAUCUUAGAUUAUUGUAAUAUAGUACAUAUAUAAUUUUAUGUUAAAUAAAUAUUAUUGGCGCUCAAAGACUUAAA